UGCCUCGCUAGCGGCGGGGACCCGAGGAUCUUCACGCGGCGAUUUGGACGCCCUUUGGGCUCCUCUUGGGCUCCGCUACCUGCGCGGGUUGAGGGAAGACGGCGCCGGGGCCAUGGCGGCGGGGGCUGCGGCGCUGCUGCUGCGCGGGGGCUGGAGGGCGUUGAGGGCACUGGACCGGCCCGCUGCUCUCCGAGCAGCCGCCGGGGUUGACCGAGGGCUGUUGGGGCCGCCGCCGCCAAGUUCUAUCUAUGCAUUGGAGAAGUUUAUGAAAGACUGUACUCUAUGUAAUGUUCCAAAGAAGCCCUUGACGGCAUACAUUCGAUUUGUAAUGGAUCGGCAAGCCCAACUUAAACAACAAAAUCCAGAUUUGAAGAGAACAGAAGUAGUUAAGGCACUUGCUCAAACCUGGAGAGAGCUUCCAGAAUCAGAGAAGAAAGUAUAUGAAGAAGCUACCAAGGCAGAUUUUAAAAAAUACCGUGAAGAGCUCUCUAAAUAUAAAGCAGAGCUUGAUAAUGAUCAAAAAAGAAAUUUGAAAGAAGAGAAGCAGAUAAAAAGGGCUAGAAAAGAAAUAAUAAAGAAAAAAAGAGAGUUAACAGUCUUUGGAAAACCCAAAAAACCUCGCACAGGUUAUAAUAUUUUUAUUGCUGAACACUUUAAGGACCCAAAGGGACUUUCAUCACAGGAAAUGCUGAAGGCUUUAAAUCAAGAGUGGAAAAAUCUAGCAUUUACUCGAAAGCAGGUAUACCUGCAACUUGCUGAAGAUGAUAAAAUUCGUUAUGCAAAUGAAAUUAAAUCGUGGGAAGAAAAAAUGCUUGAAAUUGGACGGGAAGAUCUUUUACGCUUUAGCAAACUGAAAGACAAAUUGGGAAAAGACCUUGAAAAAAUCUAUUGAUAUUUGUAUCUUCAUAGUGAAUAUGAGAAAUGCUCAAGCAACCAAUCAGGGCUCACUACGCAAAACUGUGGCAAAAUUUCUAAAAAUGAUGCUGAUGAACAUUUUAUAUUAAUCCAUUUUUGUUAACACAUGGACUUCAGCCAGUAUGCUGACAUAUUUUGUAUUAGCACCUAGUUGUGGAUUCUCAACUGGUAUAAAUUCAGUCCAGAUUCAGAAAAGGUUUGUUUUCAGAACUACUGAAUACCAAAAAAAAUGCAUCUAGGUAUAGGAGGGAUUCAUUUAUCUUUUCUUAGAUAAAGGUAAAUCAAACUGUGAAAUAUUUUUGAUACUGGAUGACAACUAUGGAGAAAGUAUUUUUGUUUCCUAAUGAGGAAACAAGCGUUUGCUUUCCUCAAAUUGUCUUAGAUUAUAAAAGCCACAGUGUUCUAAGCUAUCACUGCUGUGUAUUUUUAAAGAAUAAGGAAUUGCUCUAGGUAAAUUUCAAUACCUCGGCAAGUUCUAAUUCCUAGAUAAUAAUAGCUCAUAUAGUAUUCCAAGAUGAUGAGUAGACAUACAUACAAUUGCUGAUUUCAUUUAUGACUUUUUAAGAAACUACUGAGGGAUUUGUAAAUGUUUUGCAUCCAUUUUUUUUGUAAAGUAAAAAAUUAUGUAUCAGCUGUGCACAUUGAUGAUUGAUGUUUCUAUGGUAGAAAAUAAAAUCAUCUAAUGUGCUCCAUCUAA